AUGGUAAAUCGACGAUUAAAUCUUCCUUUCUACACGCGAACACAGUCGGACGACGUGCCUCUCCAGAGUCGAGGCGCCCGCGAGGAUGAUACCGAAGAUGAUGAAGCCCCAAGAAUAAAAUUCGCAAAGAGCCCUACUGGAGGAUGGAGGAAUACGUGGCUUUAUGAAGUCGCUUCAACGCUUCGUGUCCUAGGGUUGCACUUGCUAAUCCUUCCUCUCCGACGGUGGCUUGGGACCUCGCGAGAAACGCCCAAAGUUGCUGUACGCGGAAGUCGAGUAGCAGCUCUGUUACGCUCACUCAUUCAUCUUGUACCAAUUGCAGCGUCCCUAGCUUUGGUUAUUCUCACCAUUCGGGGUCGGUAUCUCGGUGCUACCGUCGCCAAUGUCAGCUAUUUGCAGUUCGCUGCGAAGGCACAUGAGAUCCUGAUCCAGGCAUCCCUAACGUACAUUAUUGGAAAUGAGAUUGGUCGCCAGCUGACAAGUAUGCGGGGUGUUCCAUUUGGACUGAUAUUUUCGGCCGCGAAAAUCACCGACGUUACGUACCUGUGGUCUUCGGCAUUUGCGGGAUCGUUUAAGUCCUCCUUGGGUCGCAUGAAAAGAAGCCUCGCUACUGUUGCCAUGGUAUUCGCCGCAAUAGUCCUGGCCACUGGUGCUGGUCCCUCGAGUGCUAUUCUCAUGAUCCCUCGGGUUGAUUCAUGGCCGGCAGGGAGCACGCGCUUCUGGGUUAACGCCCCUGCAAAAGAAAUAUGGCCUGACACUCUGGACGCGUCCAGUGUGAUGGAUCGUGAAUCUUGCCGACACAUACAGGAUCCACUUCUUAGCAACGACUGCCCCGGGAGCGAGUACGGCCAGCUACGAAGUUAUUUCGUCCUCCAAAACCACACCAACGUCCAGAAAGACUACCAGAGCUACUUCGAGAACUACCUAACAGGUCGCCCCGGAACGUCAGCUAGUGCCCAAGUAACGGGAAAGAAUUCCCUUCGGUCUUUGUCCAUCAUGAACCCUAAAUAUAUGAAUGUGCAAAAUCAGGAAUUCGCAACAACAGUGUCAACCUUUGCUUCUACCCCUCAUGCAGCCAUCACAGACGCUCUGAUGUCUAUGGCGGAGAUGUGGAUACUCGCACUCGGGCAGACUAUCAAUGUGAGAAAAACCGAGCCUUCAAUGGGCGGCUGGAUGUCGUCAGGCAUGUCUCAGUGGACAAAUGUACCAAUCAACAGCAAUAAAAUGGUGUACCAUCUUCUGAAAGGCCAUUAUGAUCAAGCGUACGUCACUAGUGCAUGCAAUACCCUUUGGGUAAACACCACAAAUAUCGACAGUCCGGCCACUAUUCCAACAGAAAUUGCUUCCUCAGAUGAAUGGGCCCUGCGUGUCCGAACAGCGGAUUACCCAACAUACUAUGACCCAGACAAAACCUGGUCCGAGAUUCCAAACGUUACUUGGUCCUCAAUUCUCUCGGCGAAGGGUAAACGCAGUGAUUACCGAAUCUGGUGGCUCGGGCUAGACGCACCAGGCCAUGGGGACCAGGUGACCGCUUCUAAUGACUCUCUCUUGGCCUUCAUUAUCCCUCCCAAUAUCCCUGAUAACUCUUCUUACCCUUUAAACAUAUCUGUGUGCACCGCCAGCGCCGGAUGGGCUGGCAGUACUCUGAAUGUGACCGCCGAUGCACAAGACCCGAAUCGCAUAUCAAGCAGUCUCAACAAAGCCAAUCAGUCAACAACGUCGGCUGGAUACAGGUGGUUCCGGCAAAUGGUAACUGGCAAUCCACAGAAAAGUGCCGGCACGAAUUUUGAAUAUCCCAUUUUCCCACAACGACCUAUCGGCCUUUCGCAGUCAUGGCUCAAUCUCUUAAACCCAACCAUUCCCGCCGCAGACAACGUCACGCAGAACACAACAGUCUUCAACGAGUUGGUUCGCGCAUCUGGAAUCAUGGCGAACGAUACCAUUACGAUGGCCUCCAUUAUCUCGGCUAUGUUAGCGAACGGUGUCUCUCGCGCAGGCUUUUACGCCAACCUAACCGGUGCUGUGGCGACCGACGGGAUUCUUUAUCACGAAGACACUGACAGACGACUAUCGCAUCGCUGGCUUGAGAAUAGUGACGUGUUCAGUGUAGAUGCCGACAAGGAAAACGAGUACACCAUGUUCAAGAAGGACACUUUUGCUGUGGGUUACUCAUUCAAAAUCCGAGGCACGCCGUCCAUUCUGGCUAUUAUUGUACUAUUGGCGUACUGUGCCUUAGCGCUGGGAUAUACAGUUUACACGAUCAUAAUCGGAGUUAGCGCCGAUAGCUGGUCCUCUGCGAUGGAAAUUGCUGCGUUGGCUAUGAACUCCCCGCCAUCUGAGGCGUUGAAAAACACCGGAGCCGGUAUCACCGGUAUGGGUGUUUAUGGUGCACAGGCGAAGGUCCGGGUGCUAUCGGGGAAGAGAGGCUUUAGCGAAUCCGAUGACGAGAAUUUUCAAGAUGAUGGAGAGGGCAGAUUGGCGCUCAUACUUGACGAACGGGGCUCUAACGAUGCUGGACUGGUCAAGAGGAACGUGGAGUACGCUUAAGAGACAUGCUUCUUACGACAUGAUGACCUUAUGAC